AGUCGUCAAUCGAAACAAAAAGGAGUAUAAAUAUCGAGGUCACAUCCGCACCUUGGUUGUUGUAGCUCUCCAUCUCCAUCCAUCAUCUCGACUUAUAAUCUCAUCUCCUCAUCAAUUACCAUCUGUACUAUAUUCAACUCAGACUUUCUGGUCAAAGUCCCUACUACCUCUGUAUCAAAAUGAAGUUCUUCGCCGUCGCCCUUCUUUUCGCCGCCUCAGUCUCUGCUGUCGCGCUCGACACCAACGUCUCUCCUGCGCUGCACAAGCCCGGUCGUCGUGGCGUCGACUGUGGCGCCUGCGCAAGAUUGAACUUUUGCUCUGGCAGGAAGAACGAGGAGUGCGAUCUUGACGGAUGCUGCAAAUAAAAGAUCUUGACGCACAGAAUGAUCAACCGGCCAAUUCGAACAAAAGAAAAAAAAAAAAAAACUUGACAAUUCGACUGCUAUCGGUUGGAGGCAGUCCGGUGGAUAAUGCAUCUUUCUCUGCAGGCAUUAGAGCAUAGAUCAAUAUAACCGUCAAGCGAAAAACAAUAAUUACCUCG